AUGGAGGGCGAGGAGGAAUGGGACGAGGGCGCUCACGGCGUUGUUGUGCCACCCCUGCCGCCAAAAGUGGAUCCAGCAGCGGAGCACUAUCCUUUUUGCAUAGUCUGGGCGCCUCUCCCGUUUAUUUCGUGGUUUUUCCCCUUUAUUGGCCAUGUGGGUAUCUGUGACUCCGCUGGCCGGAUCUACGACUUUGAAGGCACCUGCCUCAUCGGUGUGGAUCAAAUGCUCUUUGGCAAUCCCGCGAAGUACUGGGACAUUUCAAGAAUGUGCGUGCCGUCGUUUUAUCGCCCUUUGGGCGAAACGAGGGCGCAAGAAGAGUGGGAGGAGGCGUGCCGACGCGAGGUGGCGGAGUACGACGCGGCGCUGGCCCGCGUCACGAAACAUUUUCGCAAGACGCAGGCGUACAACCUUUUUUCGAACAACUGCCACUCUUUUGUGGGGUGCGUCUUGCGGGAAAAUCCGCUGACGGCGGGGUGCUGGGGGGCGCCCCGGAUCGCAUGGGGCGUCCUGGUGCACGGCCGGUACAUCAGCGCCGGUCGGUUCUUCCGGGCGCACCUGCCCUUCCUGCUUCUUCUGGGGGUCGUUGUCGCCCUUUGUCUGCUCGUGGCCCUUUGA